AUGUAUUUAAUACUAAUAUUUGAAAUAUUGAUAGUAACAUGCUUAGUAGGUUAUUUGAUUUAGAGUUACUGUAGCAAGGAUGUUAGCAUUUAUGUAAAAGGAAUGGCUCUAGUUUCUUGGUUAAUUAAUUUUUUGCUGAUACUAUUUUUACCAUUUGACAUAUAUAUCACAUAUAGAGAUUAAAGCGUUGGAGAUAUUUCGAAUGAUUACUUAAGUUUAGCUGAAGUAUUGAUAUUAAUAUGAUGAUAGACUUAUUAAAUCUUAUAUUGGACUAAUUUUAUUUUAUGUUGGACUGUGAUUCCAAUAAUGUAAGAAUAUGAAGAAUCAGUUGAGUUAGAAAAGUAGGCUAAAUUAAAAAAAGCUUUAAAGAAUAAUAUGAAAUUUUAUAUAAUAAUAUCUGUGGUAGGAAUAGUGUUUGUUUUAGCAAUUUUCUAUACUGGAUAAACAGAACAAUGUGGUUUAGGUACAUUUUUGAAGAGUAUGGCAAAUUCAUUUGGAGUAGCUUUAAUUAUAUUAUUGUUGGGUUAUGGAUUAGUGAUUAUCCCAAAAGCAUAAAUGAGAACAUCACAAUUAGAUGUAUAGUUGAAGUAUUUGUAUUUCAGAACAGCAAGUAUAAAUGGAGAAAAAGAUGAUGCUCAUCAUAAAUUAAUGGAAACAUCAAUGAAAGUAUUAAAAAUUAAAGAUUAUCGAUUUGAUAAUGAUGAUAUGAUGUAUUACUUAAACAAAUGUUUAAAUAAAAUACCUAGAAAUAUGCAUAAGAUAUUAACAAAAGAGGAAGAGAAGAGAAAAUCUUAAAUUCUUAUGGCCAUAACAGGAGCAAUCUUUAAAAACAAGGCUCCAGAAUCUGUUGAAGAAAUGAUGAGUUUAUAUUAAGAAAUAAGAAAGAAUUCCUUAGAAUAUAAAAGAAUUAAAGCUUAAUGGAAAGAGAAUUGUAAAUCAGCUUAUGAGAUGGAAGAUAUCAUCAAGGCUAUUAAUAGUUAAGAUAAGAAGAUAUAAUUCUCUUUUAAAAAGGCAAGAGAAGGAAAAUUAGCAUAACAAUUAGACUUAUUAGAAUGGUAUUGGCUUUGUGUUAUUAAACCUUAAUUAAAAAUAAUAAUAUCAUUGAUUUUUGGCAUACUCUCUAUUUUAGUAUUGAUUUCUGAAGUCACAAUAUUUAUGGGUACUUAAAUUACUAUUUUUGGAUUGCCUUUAAGAUAUGUAAAUGGAUUAUUGAGUAUAUCCUUUUUCUCUUUUAUUCCUUUAUUAUACAUAGCUUUCUGUGUUUAUUAUGGUUUAUUUAGAAUCAGAAUCUAAGGGUUUUAUGGAUUAUAUGGAGAUCAUUAAACAGAUGCUCCUAGUUUAAUGUUUGCAACUAUCAAUUUUAGUAGAGUUGGAGCACCAUUAUGUUAAAACUUUUUAAAUAUGAUUAAAUUAAAAUAAGAAACUGCUUUCAGAUAUGCUAUGGGAAAUGUAUUAAUUAUUCUUUAUGUAUUUUUAGAUUGAAUUAUUACCUAUAUUUGGUAUUAGUAUUACAGCUUUGAUGCCAUGUUUAUUAGUUGUAUUGUGUUUGAUUAAUUACUUUGAUUUAUUUGAUAGAACUCUAUAACUUAUUGGAAUGAAAAAAUUUAUUUUUAAUAAUACAUUUUCUGAUAGACUCAUUUAUGAAGGAAGAGAUACUCUUAAAAUUAAUAGAUAAUAUUUUGAAAGAAAAAUGAAACCUGAAGGAUGGUCUGAUUCAUCUGAACCUUUAGAUAUUGAAUUACAAUCGAAAUUAAUUUCAUGA